AUGACCAUCAAAACCACCUCCUCCUCCUCUACUACUACCAUCACUACCUCCUCCACUACUACCACCAUCGCUGCAUCGUCCGUCAUUGUCAACAUUACCACCGACUCCCCCAUUAUCACUAUCGCCAUCUCCUCCACCACAACCGCCUCCUCCAGCAUCACUCCCGCCACCUCCUCGUGCAUCUCCGCGGAGACAUGCAACCUGAACAUACGGCACCGUGAGAUCCACCCUUCUCUAUUCCGAUCGUGA